AUGGCUACCGAGGCUACGGCUCGCAAGUUCUUCGCCUCGCCCCUCUUCGCCGUUGUCGGAGCGAGCUCCAACCCGGCCAAGUUUGGCCACAAAGUCCCCAACCUCUCGGCCCUGCCCAACCCCAGGCAGACGUCCGUGUCCAUCAUCACUCCCCCGGGCGCCACCCUCGGGGUGCUGGAGGAGGCCAAGAAGCUGGGCAUUCCGGCGGUUUGGAUGCAGCCCGGCACCUUUGACGAGGCCGUCCUCGAGUUUGCCCUCGCCGAGGGGGCCUUUGAGUCGGUCGUGUACGGCGACGGCGGCCGCGGCAGCGAGGGCUGGUGCGUGCUCGUCGACGGCGAGAAGGCCCUGAAGGAUGCAGGGAAGCUGUAA